CCACCUUUCCCUCCACUUCAUGGGUCUCUCCUCUCUCCUGACAUCUUCAAAUCUCCUGUCCACUGUUUAUCCUCUGCAGCCUGGCAGCUGACUGCACACCCAGGAUUACCACUGGAACUCCCUUUCAACACACGCACACACACACAUACACACAACUUUUCUUUUUAAAACUUUAAUCAAGGAGCAACAUUUUGGGUAAGCUAAAAGCGGAUUUCGGAUAUUUAGCUUCUUGACUUUUUGGGUAACUUUUUUGUAACUUUUGGUAUUUAAAAAAAAUAUAUUACCACUCCCCCUCAUCUUUUCGGAGGGCUGCGUGUGUGUGUGUGUGUGUGUGUGCGUGUGCGCCAUGGAUCACACGCUCUUCGGCUGCCUGCGCAGCCCCCACGCUCCUGCCCAGGCCCUUCACGCCGCUUUUACCCAGUCCCCGCUGACCCUACAUGGACGCUCUGACCACGUCUCCUACCCGGACCUGGCCGCCUCCGCCUCCUCCUCUUCGGCGUGCAUCAUCUCUGGUUACCCCGGUGACGACGGCCUGUUCGGCGGGCAACACCACCAUCACCGUGGGCAUCACCCGGCGCAGCAGCAGCACAACCCGCCUCAGCAUCAAGGCGGCUGGCACAUUCCACACAUGCCCUCGCCUGGUGGGGUCACCUCUCGCCACAACCUCUGCCACCCCCACCCUCACUCGGCCCAGGACAGCGCCCCUACACCGGCCGACUUAGGGCCCCCGGGAGGGAAUAGCCUCUGUGCCAACACCCCCACCCUGAGAAGCAGCACCCCGACGGGGGCCUCCUGUGUGCCUGUGGACUUUGGAAGACAGACACUGUCACCCGCUGAGGCAGAGAAGCGGAACAGCAAGAGGAAAAGUGACAGCUCAGAGUCCCAAGACGGGAAUUACAAGUCAGAUGUGAGCAGCAAACCCAGAAAGGAGCGGACGGCGUUCACCAAAGAGCAGAUUCGCGAGCUGGAGGCCGAGUUCGCUCAUCACAACUAUCUGACAAGACUGAGGCGCUACGAGAUAGCAGUAAACCUGGAUCUCACAGAGAGACAAGUAAAAGUGUGGUUCCAAAACAGGAGGAUGAAGUGGAAACGAGUGAAAGGAGGCCAACAGGGGGCUGUAGCGAGAGAGAAAGAACUGGUGAAUGUGAAAAAAGGGACGUUGCUGCCGUCUGAAUUCUCCGGCAUAGCAGCUCUUCACCACUCCACAGACUCCCUGGCCAAUGAGGACAGUCAUGACAGCGACCAGAGUUCUGAGCAUGCUCACUUAUGAUUUACAGCUGCAGGCCAUGGCUCCUUAAAGUGUGCCCCGCCUCCUAUCUCAGGAACGCCCUUAAAAGGACACGUUAGCUGGUCGUCGUUAGCAAAGUUCAACGAUGCUAAAUUAAUGUGUGUACAUACUAUGUACAAAUAAAUGACAAAAGUUACUUGAUAUAAGAAGAUACACGUUGAAGACAAUGGUUAAACCAAAAGAUACAUCACCAAUAUGUUUCAAGAGCUGAAAUCCAAUGAGGGGAUAUGUGAUAUUGCAAAAGGUCAAACCAUAAAGUGUACAUUACGAAUGUGCUCCCACUCAAAGCUCUGUUCUAGGAAGCAGAAAUAUUUUCAAAUGGCCGAAUUGCUAUGAACAUUCCAUGUUGUGUCUUACAUUGAAAAUGGGGCAGGUUUAUGCUUUUGAUUUGCACUGUUGAACACUUCCUUAAUUGGUUUCUACUGUAAGCCAUGUAAAUUACGAUGAAAUCGAAUUAUUGAUUAAAUCAAGUGGGAGCAGGAGAAUCAAGUUUGCUCAGCUAAUAUAUACUCCUUACUUCAUUUUCUGUGUUUUCUCUUCUGUUGCUUUGUGUAUAUGGACAAUAUACCAUGGCUAAGAACUGUUCUUAGACACAACACAUUGCAUAGUAUAUUGGAAAAAUACCAUAAUCCCCUGAGAUGCCUUACUGCUAUAAUAAAACCCGUUAUGUGAUUUCAUACCUGUGGUAUAUGUUCUCAUAUACCAUAGCUAUCAACCAAUCAGCAUUCAGGAUUCAAACCACUUGGUUAUGACACAGAUACCACUCAGUAAAUAGAAAUGUUUUGUCAUCAACAUUGCUAGAUUUUCAAAUGUUUGACAUUGCCAACUGCCUAUCAUUGGUUAUUAUCGAUGCUGUUUGUUGUUUUGGGUGGAAUGCUAUUUAGAGCUUAAAUGCAUUUAGAUGCUUUUCAUGCUAACACUCUAAUUAUGUAGGCCUACCUGUCAUCCAAACGUCAAACAUAAUUUAAUGGAAUAACCUACUUGUGAAAAUAUAGCAAAAUGUUUUUAUCUUGAAGUUUCUGUAAUGUUGUGUCCCAUGUAGCCUUCAAUUUGUCUGUAAUAUUGUUUUCACCAAAUCAAUUCAAAUUUGUUGAUUGUCUUUGUGAAUAAAAUGGAAUUCCUAUAGGUCAUUCCUAUUGGUGUUUCUAUAUUGGCCUUUUUUUUUUUUCAAGAUUUAUAGUACAAUUUCCGCUACUCAGCUUUGAAUGAUAUAAAAUGCCAUUUUCAGUAGUCAUUUCACUUGCAUUUUUUAUGUCAAUUUUUUCAGUUCAUGAAUCUGGCCCUUAAUUACCAAAAAGACAUCCGAAGUCUCUUCAACACCAUUACGGCUUGGCAUGGCUGUUUAUCCUGUCACUUAUGCGACCAGCUGUUUGACUAGUGUCACUCUUCUGUACAGUGGAUGUGUUGUCCUUGGAAUCAACUCCUGUUCUUUACAUGUUUACUGACAAAAGCAACAUAAAUGUUGAGAAUAAAAAAUACACUCCUAUGAUAUCCAUGUAAAAGUAAUUUUAGUAAUUUAGCAGAUAUUCUUAUCCAGAAUACGUUUUGGUUAUCCAGAGUGCAUUUACUGGUGAAAUGCCUUGGUCAGGGGCACAGCAGCAGGUUUUCCGAUUGGAUGCAGGGUCCUGUGAUGCUGAUGUAAUCAACAACCAAACAGAUUCAAUCUUUGUUUACUCCUGGCAAUCACAGCUAUUAGAUUUUUUUUUCUUUUUUUCU